AUCUGAGAGGCCUCAGCUAAUACGAAUCACGCUUCAGUGGCUAUAAUUCUGAUUAUGUUAAUCCGUGGGCUGUCAAAUCUUUUCUCGCGGGUAGCCCAGUUCCAAUAUCCGGGGGCUGGCCGCACCGUACCAAGUCCAACAAACUCCAACAGCAACUCUCCGAUUUCCAAUAAACAGCGGAAACCCUCAAAGCUAGGACUUUUGGCAGCUUCCGCACAUAUGAAGACUCCGCAUUCUACCCACGAUCGGCUUUCGGAAGCGCUACGAGUCCGCUGGAAUUGUGCCGUGUCUGACCUGAUUCCAGACCCUGGUGCAUGUCCACACUUGACAAUGGUCUGAAGUGGCUUGACGAAGAGAUGAAUAUCUUGAGCCCUGAACCUGCAGUUGCUAUACCGUACUCACCAUCUCAAUUGACAAGCAGACAGAAUCAACACAUCUAUCUACUUCCACAGACAUCACUCACUAACUCGAGCAACCGACACACCGACGCCCGCAAUGUCCCGAUUCUGGCCUCAUACUCCCUACGCUGAAGAGCAACCCCUCUCCCAUACCAUCCUCUGGACACACGUCCUCACACGAGCCGUAACAGCUGGAUCAAUAGUCGGCACAGGCGUGGGCAUCUCCACCGUCCUUCUCCGCAACUUCAAUAUCAUCAAGCAGCGAAUCCCUCCUGCCAGUCUAGCCAGCACAAUUGUACGCUCUUCGGGAACAGGCGCAGUCGUGGCUACAGGAUUACUGUGCAUCGCUCUACCGAUACGCAUGCUCGGACGGGAAGAGAUUGAAUGGCAAGACAGGAGUUGGAGGUUGAUCGAGAACAAGGGGCAAGUUGAAUGCGACGACUGGACAUAUCCUGGCAUGACUGCUGGCGCAGUGGCUUUUGCUCUGAGAGGGCAAUGCCUAGGAUGGAUGGGUGCUGUCGGGAGUAUUGGUUUAGGGAGUGUAGGUGGGAUGAUGGGAUAUAUGGGAUGGAGGCAUGGUGUGAAAGGAGGGAAGUUUGAGGAGACUACCGUCUAGAGAACCAAGGUCACAAAAUGGUGCUCCAUUGUACAACAAAACUGACGGCACGGGAGUAAAGAGUGGGCGUUCGGAUCUGGCAGCCAACAGCUUGUAUUAUCAUUGAUAUGCCCUCUGGAUAUAAUAAUCCCACCAUCGCCACUGCCUGCUCAAUGCAAGUGAUCUAGACUUUUCCACCUAAAACGCCAUUCCAUGCUUGAACCACCAGGCGCCAAU